GUCAAACAGGGGCUCAAAGAGCUAAAGGAGUCAACAAUUCAGCAUGCAUCCAGUAUGGGCUACAUUAGUGCACCAGUUGAUGAGACUGUCUUUGAUGUCAAUAAGGAUGUUGAUGAUCUUUUACCAGUACAAGUCAAAGAACAACGCCUAAGCAAUCUCCUUCAGGCAUUAAUGGCUGGUGCUUGCGUUGCUGCUAUGCCUAUCUUGAAAAAGAUUCCUACUUCAGUUCUCUGGGGAUACUUUGCUUUCAUGGCAAUUGAGAGCUUGCCAGGAAAUCAGUUUUGGGAGAGGAUAUUACUGCUUUUAACUGCACCAAGCCGAAGAUACAAGGUCUUGGAAGACAGUCAUGCGACAUUUGUGGAGAUAGUUCCUUUCAAGACAAUUGCCGGUUUCACCUUGUUUCAGACAGUUCAUUUGCUCCUGUGUUUCGGCAUAACAUGGAUACCAGUAGCAGGUGUCCUUUUCCCAAUGUUGAUCAUGCUUCUUGUCCCUGUUCGCCAGUAUCUGCUGCCCAAGUUUUUCAAAGGAGCACAUCUACAAGAUCUGGAUGCUGCAGAAUAUGAAGAAGCCCCAGCUGUAACUUACAAUAUGUCCUUUGAAGAUCAAGGUGUUCAGGCAAGACCAACCCGCAUUGAUAGCGGUGAAAUUCUUGACGAAAUGGUGACGAGAAGCCGUGGGGAAAUCCGACAUUCGUGCAGCCCAAAAUUAACUAGUUCAACCCCAACUCCUCUUCAAGAGAUAAAGCCUGUGCAUAGCCCACAGUUAAUGCAAAGGGCUUACAGUCCAAGAUCGAAUGAGCUCAGAGCAGAAAGGAGCGCUGCACUGAGUGGAAAGGGACUCGAAAUAAAGCAAACUCCAAGCCCUGGGCCGUCUAACCUUGGUAAAAGCAGUCAAGGUUCAUCUUCUAUCCAGUAUCAAAUGUAAGUUAAUGAGUUUAUUUUAUACACCAGUUCUCGAGAGGACUUUCUAGAGUCGGUUCAUUUGUGUUUGAGAGGUUAGCAAAAGUUUGUGCUUUACUAUAACCUUCUUUUAGGAAUCUCUAUAUGUGUUUUACUGGUCGCAACGAUGUAUAGGAGAGUACUGUUUUAUUGGUCUUACUCUUGUAUGGGCAGAAAACAAACCAUUAUACACGAGAAAAGAGAAGAGAAAACUGUGUGAAAAUUUGCGUUUCUUUGUUGUAUUAUCAAGAGUUUUAUGGAAAAAAGGAAGAACUUCUGAACAUCUGCCUUCCAUUUA